UACCGAUUGUAUCCCAUUCGCUACUCGAGAUGAAACCCUUUGCCUGCAUCCUGGUGAUCCUUGCCGCCAUCCUGUCCGUCGGACAGGCCUCCCUGGGCGGACUCCUUGGCGGUGGCGGUGGAGGCGGCGGCUCCAUUGGCGGAGGUGCUGGCGGCAUCGGACAGCUGCUGCAGAGCAAGCUGGGCGGUCUCGGCGGAGGAUUGGGCGGCGGCCUGGGCGGUCUGAGCGGUGGUCUUGGCGGCAAGCUCGGCGGCGGUGGAGGCGGCGGCGGCGGCUACUCCGGUGGCUACUCCAACGGUGGUGGCUACUCCGGCGGCGGUGGAUACUCCGGCGGCGGUGGCUACUCUGGCGGAUAUGCUGCUCCCAGGCCCGUUGAGAAGGUGGUCAUCGUGAAGGUCAUUAACGAGGGCUACUCUGGCGGCUACUCCGGUGCUCAGUCUGGUGGCUACUCCGGCGCUCAGUCUGGUGGCUACUCUGGUGGCUACUCCGGCGGCUACUCCGGCGCUCAGUCCGGCGGCUGGAACAAAGGCUGGUAAAUGUGGAGCAAGCCAAUAUGAUCAACUAUAAAUAGUUCAAACUGCCAAACAGAAAGCCAAGCAGCUUAGCAUUUAAUAUUUUUUUUUAUAUUUU